UUCAACAUUUUUCUGGAUGGAGUUUGGCGUGUCGUCCUGUCUGGCCCGCUCAGGAAUGGACGUCAUGUGAAUAGAGGGUUAGAUCCAGCUGUUGCACUUGCGCGCAUCGUUACCUUUAAGAUGCUCGAGGAUAAAGCCCUUGUUUUAGCCUAAACCGACACCAUUUUAGCUACGAGUUCGGUGCGUCCGGUGAGCGAGGCCCCGGGUGACUCGGACGUGUUGUUGGAGAAGAACGGCCGGACGUUUUUGUUGUGGCGUUGUUGUUUUUUUUUUUAGCAGAAACGGGGGAGGAUUUAACGGCUGUUUCUAUAAAUGUCGGAUUUCAUUAUUUGUCGGCCUACCGUGAAGUGGCGGCGGCGGCGGGGGCGAGAGGGACGGCACGAGACGAGACGGGGUCCGCGAGGAGGGUGCACACACAAAAUACUUUCCCUUUAAAGCGGAGAGGGACAGAGGGGGUGAAGAAGAGAUAAAAAAAGAAAAGGAAGAAAGCCAGAGAGGGAGGGAGGGCGAGAGGGAGCGAGGGAGCGAGAAAUGAAAAAAAGAGAAAGAUGUCAUCCAGUCGAUUGAAACGCCGAGGCGGAGCCACGGACCGCGGCCGACCGGGAGCGCUCUAGCUGGGGGGCGAGCUGUACGCAACGCCGAGGCUUGGGACCCGAACGGCUGCGGCCUUCCUGGGAGCUAUCGCCAAAUAAAUCCCGAGUCCCGAACCAGCUGCAGACUGAUCACUGAUACAUCAUCUGUAUACAACAUAAUCUUUAUAUUUUGCAUGCAAUUCACCAAUUUUUUUUAUUAUUGCAGUAGUCAUAAGCAUUUUCUUCUUCUUUUUUCUUUUAAAUGCACCAUUAAAAGCAAGCAUGAUACCAACCAUUUUGUCGCAUUUACGAAAUCAUCUCGCCUUGUGCAUUUCCAUUUAUGAUUAAUUCGUAACUCAUAGCAGCCGAAUCACUAAUACGUGCUUGUUGAUUUAAGCUGAAUAUCGUCCGGUGUCGUUAUUAUAAAUGUCCAUUAGUUAACCCGGGCAGGCAGAGAGAGGAGCUGCGAUACAGGCCUCGGAUUGUGUUUUAUAGCAGCCUUUGGAGCAUUUCUUCCUCCUCCCUCCUCCUCCUCCUCCUCCUCUGUGGUCCCGGGCUGUGUUUGCAGUCCCUGCAGAGAUGGACACCUCCUGGAGUAAUUUCCUCUUUCAGACGGCGCCGACUCAGAGCCAACCGGAGACGCCUCUGCAGUCUGAGCUGCUGCCCGAGCUGACCGGCUCCGCUCAGAGUCCUCCAGCAGACCACAUGGUGACGCCGCCGUCCACCGUCGACACCGCCGCCCUGAGCGAGGAGCCGCUGCCUGUCAAACCGCUCUCCAAGCCGAGCCGGCCGGCCCACAUCUGCGCCACCUGCAACAAGGAGUUCAAGAACAGCUACAACCUGCGGCGCCACCAGUCGGUGCACACGGGCAUCAAGAUGAAGGACCGCGCCGCCCGGGAGAAGGAGGACGCAGGGAAGGGAGGACGGGUGGAGAAGCAGUCCGUCCCUCUCUCCCUCCUCCACCUCAGCCUGCCCUCACAGCCUCUUCCUCCCCCUCCCCCAACCGCCGCCCCCGAGGUCCUCCCCCAGCCCGGUCAGCACGCCAACCAAGACAGCCAACCGGUCUCUGUGUCCAUCGCCCCGGCAACCCUAACCAUGGCUGCACAGCCUCAACCCAUCCAGGCAGCUGUUGUCGUCGUGGGCUCCAUGGAGCAGAAUCCAAACCCCAACCCCAACCCCAACACCAACCAGGUGAGGAAGAACCACGCCUGCGAGGCCUGCGGAAAGGCCUUCAGAGACGUCUACCACCUCAACCGUCACCGGCUGUCGCACUCUGACGAGAAGCCGUACUCCUGCCCCAUCUGCCAGCAGCGCUUCAAGAGGAAAGACAGGAUGAGCUACCACGUGCGCUCGCACCAAGGCGGCGUGGAGAAGCCGUACAUCUGUCCCCACUGCGCCAAGGCCUUCUCUCGACCGGACCACCUCAACAGCCACGUGCGACAGGUGCACUCUACAGAGAGACCGUUCAAGUGCACGACGUGCACGUCUGCGUUCGCCACACGGGAUCGUCUCCGCGCCCACCUGAUCCGUCACGAGGAGAAGGUGCCGUGUCACAUCUGUGGGAAGCUGCUGUCUGCCGCUUACAUCACCGACCACAUGAGGGUCCACAACCAGUCGCAGCACCACGCCUGUCACCUCUGCAACCGCAGCUUCACCACCCUCACCUACCUGCGUGUCCACGCUCAGAAGCACCACGGCCAGGAGUGGAAGGAGAGCGGCGGGGCGCAGGGGGGCUUCGGUGGGACGGGGGCCGGCGGGGUGCUGCUCUGCCAGCUGUGCGGGGUACAGUGCAAAACGGCCACGCAGCUCCAGGGUCACAUGGGCACCCACGCCAACCAGGCCGACACCGGCCCCGACCCGACGAGCUCGGGUCCCGUGGGCACCACCAGCGUGGCUGUCACUGUGUCCAGCGGUAGCACUGUGGGACUGCUGGUAACUGACUGCUCCAGUAUCGCCCCCCAGCCCCACAGCUAACACGCUGGGAGGCCGAGGGGGAGGGGACGGGGGGAGCUGGGGGAGGGACGGGGGGACGGGGGUUCUGGGGUGGGGGUUGGUUAAAUGGAGGAAAAGGCAAACGAGGACUCGUGGAGAGGAAGACAGCAUCCAGUCCAGAUUUUUUCUCACCAGACUGCCAAACGUGGACGCAGACAGAAGCUGCCGUGGUCUUUCCUCCUCAGCGUCGCUCAUGCUCUCACGAGGACAGCGGCCUUUUCCGGGACCCUUUUUUGUUUGUUUGUUUGUUUCUUCUGUGGCGUCCGGCUCCAUCAGCCGUGUUAAACAGCUCACCUGCCACGAACACUGAGACACACACACUGACUGUACAUGUUACAUACUGCACAAUGCCUCGCAAAGCCGGGGGAAGAGACUGCGGAUACAAGAAUAAAGGAAACCUCUGCUCAUUCAUUAAUAGGAAAAUUAAUGUGUAUUUUUAUUCAUAUGGCUUAGCAAUUAGCUGUUUGUAUUUGCCACCAUGUCAUUGUUUUACUUUACAACGGACUUGCACAACCUGUCAUGAUUUUUGUAAAGCGGUUUGCUGUUUUUUGGAUCAUUUAUAAUCCAUGAUAUCAGUGUUUAUAAUGUGGAAAUUGACCUUGAGUAAGAGAACAUGAUUUAUCUCAGUCUCUCCCCUAAUUAUUAACAGUCUCCAGUUUGCCUUUGUCAGAUUCUUCAGAGCAGGGACCUCAAACAGGACAUGGGAACAAUUGUUUCAGACGGGCCGUCGUGUAUAUAACCUUUUUAUAUAGCUGACAAAGGCAGACUGAUACUUGUUUUUGUGUAUAUCCCACAUGAACAUUGAAUGUGCAUAACUUCUCUGCUUCAUAUUAGAGCUGCAACGACUAGUCCAUUAAUUGAUUAGUUGUCAACUAAUAAAUUAACCACCAACUAUUUUGAUAAUCGAUUCAUCUGUUUGAGUAAUAUUUGAAGAAAAAAAAGUUUUAAUUAAGUUAAGCUAAGUAUUUUCUUGUUUCUUUUCUCCUACUAUGACGUUAAAGUGAAUAUAUUUGGGUUGUGGACAAAGCAAGAUGACAUUUGUCACCAUUUUUGUAGGCCAAACAACUAAUCGAUUAAUCCAGAAAAAUAAAUCGACAGAUUAGUCGACGAUAACCAUCGUUAGUUGCAGCCCUACUUCUUAUGGUCUUUGCUCUUAGGAUGGAUGCCGAUUUGUAAUUCUUGGAAAAAGGUAAAAUUGCCAUGUAAUUUGUAGCUACCUUGGUGACACAUUUUCUGUGGCUGUGCAUAUUGAUUGUACUUGAUGCAUAGCGCCUCGUUACUACUGUAUUAAAAAGCAGUAAAAUGCAUGUGUGGAUUCAA